AAAGCGCCUUGCGCGUCGUGUAUUCUUCCUCUUUGAUCGAUCAUUCGUCUGCCGGUGAGGAAGAGAACUGUCCAUCUUUUAGACAUAAAUCCAAGUACAGGACUUGCUACGAUCCAAAAUGUCAAAAGCAGGAGGAAAGAAGCUUCAUUUCGUUGAAAACUUUGGUCUCAGUGGAGCUGCUGCCAUCAUCUCCAAAACUGCUGCAGCACCCAUUGAACGAGUCAAGCUUCUUGUCCAGAAUCAAGAUGAGAUGUUAAAGCAGGGACGUCUAGAAACUCCAUAUAGAGGAGUUGUUGAUUGUACUCUAAGAACGUACAGAACAGAAGGGUUUUUAUCAUUCUGGAGAGGUAAUUUGGCUAACUGUAUUAGAUACUUUCCAACACAAGCCUUGAACUUUGCUUUCAAGGACCAGAUUAAAGCUCUCUUUAAGCCCAAAAAGUCUGACAGUAGUCCUCUGAAGUUUGGAAAGAACAUUGCUUCAGGAGGUGCUGCUGGUGCUAUGUCUCUUCUCUUUGUUUACUCUCUUGAUUACUGCCGAACAAGAUUGGCAAAUGACGCCAAGGCUGGAAAAGGUGGUGGAGAACGCCAGUUUAAUGGAAUGAUUGAUGUGUAUCGCCAGACAUUGAAGAGCGAUGGCAUCCCUGGAUUGUACCGUGGUUUUGUUAUCUCUUGUGUUGGUAUUAUUGUAUACCGUGGUUUCUACUUUGGUCUGUAUGACACCUUGAAGCCUAUUCUCCUUGGUGAAGACGCUGGACUCUUGAUCUCCUUCGUUCUUGGCUAUGGUGUGACUGUAUCUGCUGGUUUGGCAUCAUAUCCUAUUGAUACCAUCAGAAGACGUAUGAUGAUGACAUCAGGACAAGCAGUCAAGUACAAGGGAUCAAUCGAUUGUACCGUCCAAAUCCUCAAAAACGAGGGCGCAAUGUCACUGAUGAAGGGAGCUGGAGCCAACAUUCUCAGAGGAAUGGCUGGUGCUGGUGUGUUAGCUGGAUUUGACAAGUUCAAGGAGCUGUAUGUGUUUUACCGAUUUAAAGAGUGAAUUCACAAAGUAACUUAAAAUGUGUCUAUAAAAUUGAGAUUGCAGAGUGACAUCAAAUUACAAGAACAUUCAUUUUGUACAUGUGAGGGUAAUUGCUAUGAUUGUUUUGUAUAGGAGUUUCAAUGUUGCACAGUCACUAUGUAUAUCAUCAUAGUUUUGACAAUAAAACUCAAACAGGCUUGUGUCAAA